AUCCCUGACUCUAGUCCUCUUGCUGCUCACGGAGCUUAAGAAUUGUUAAGAAAUUAAGAAUCGUCUGGAAUUGUCAAUCGGGUUGUGUAAAGUGUAAACUGUAAAGCCGUGGCAACAUUGAUUUCAGUAGUAAAAACUCAACGUUUGUUUGAUAUUUUCAGAAUAAGUAUAUGAAGUCAAUGCCUUAUAUUUAAAAUAUAUUCAAGAUAAUUGGUCUAGAAAAAAUGUCUCGAUUUUUGAGAAGCUUUCGUACCCAAGUUAGAAGCGCAGUGUGUUUGUCAAUGCCAGAAACUUAUUCAUCAUCAGGCACCAAAAAAGUUUUCAAAUUUUCUACUAACUCGAAAUUACUCGCCAGCCAUCCUCAAGUUCAGAAACCAGCACCACAUUUUUCUGGGACUGCUGUUGUUAAUGGGGAAUUUAAAGAUAUACAGCUAUUAGAUUACCGUGGCAACUAUAUUGUUUUGCUGUUUUAUCCUCUUGAUUUCACCUUUGUCUGCCCGACUGAAUUGCUGGCUUUCAGUGCAAAAAUAGAGGAAUUCAAAGCUCUCAAUGCUGUCGUUAUCGGUGUUUCAACAGAUUCUCAUUUCAGUCAUUUAGCAUGGAUCAACACCUGCAAAAAACAAGGUGGGCUUGGUGGAGACCUUGGAUAUCCACUUUUGAGCGAUUUCAACAAGAAAAUCGCUGAGGAUUACGGUGUUCUUUUAGCUGACUCAGGCGUUGCUCUUCGAGGUCUCUUCAUCAUCGACAAAGAAGGAAUUUUACGGCAAUUUAGUGUUAAUGAUUUGCCCGUUGGAAGAAGUGCUGAAGAAACAAUUCGCCUAAUUAAAGCAUUUCAAUUUUUUGAGAAACAUGGUGAAGUUUGUCCCGCUGAUUGGCAGCCUAAUACAAAAACAAUUAAACCCAAUCCAAAAGAUAGUAAAAUAUACUUUGAAUCAGUUAAUCAAUGAAUGUGAAAGAAAAAAAUCGAAUAAUCAAGAUAUAAAAAUGAUUGAAAUUUAUAACUUUUAUAUUUUUUCAACGUUCAAAAUAUCAACUUUCUAGUUUAUAAAAUAAUAUUUUAUAAAUUACUCAUGAUCGUUCUUUUUUUUUUUGUUUAUAUCUAAAAAUUUCUAGUUAAUAAGACUUUUAAUUUCAGAAGAAAUACAUGGUACCGAUAUUUUAUAAAACUUUAUGAAACAAAAAACUGAACCUCAUAAAUAUUUCGAAAUCAUCUCUAAUAGUAUUCUUGCUGAGGAGAAGCUCAGCGGCAAAGUAACGAAAGGUCUAUAUUAGGCUCACACGAAAGUCCUCAAAAAACUAUAUCACCUACAUUGUGGACUUUUUUCUAGAAAUAAUAGUUUUUGAGAAAAAAAAUCGAAUAUCCGAUGUUCCUUUUUUAAUUUUAGUUUUUUUUUUUUAUUCACAUAUUUACAGAAAAAAAAACCACAAAGUGGGUAAUAGAUUUUUUUGAGGAUUAUAUUGAGCCUAAUACAAUGUCGUUAUUUCAGUUUUACUUUUUGGGCCGUUUGCCGGAGAAAUAUCCAUUUUUUUUUUUCAAUUUCAGUUUUUUUUUUUUUUUUCUCAAAAACAUAAUUCAUUCAUAGAAAAAGGAUAAGAUUCACGUAAAAACAAAUUUUUAUUUUGUAUCUAUGUUUGUUCUUGUUUUAAGGGAGCCUGCCUUAAAAUCCAUGCGCCC